CCUGGGGGUUUCGCUUUCAGUCACCAGCUAGAGCGCAGCUGAGGCCCUAGAGCUCCAGGCACAAGGGCGGGAGCCAACGCCGCCCCUAUGGCGCCCGCCGCCCUCUGGGUCGCGCUGGUCAUCGAACUGCAGCUGUGGGCCACCGGGCACACAGUGCCCGCCCAGGUGGUCUUGACACCCUACAAGCCAGAACCUGGGAAUGAGUGCCGGAUCUCACAGGAAUACUAUGACAGGAAGGCUCAGAUGUGCUGUGCUAAGUGUCCACCUGGUCAGUAUGUGAAACACUUCUGCAACAAGACCUCAGACACCGUAUGCGACGACUGUGAGGCGAGCAUGUAUACCCAAGUCUGGAACCAGUUUCGCACAUGCCUGAGCUGCAGUUCGUCCUGUAGCGCGGACCAGGUGGAGACCCGCGCCUGCACUAAACAGCAGAACCGAGCGUGUGCUUGCAAAGCCGACAGGUACUGCGCCUUGGAAACGCAUCCUGGCAGCUGUCGAUUGUGCCUGAAACUGAGCAAGUGUGGCCCUGGCUUCGGAGUAGCCGGUUCAAGAACUUCAAAUGGAAACGUGGUAUGCGUUGCUUGUGCCCCAGGGACGUUCUCUGACACCACAUCAUCCACAGAUGCGUGCAGGCCCCACCGCCACUGUAGCAUCCUGGCUAUUCCUGGAAAUGCAAGCACAGAUGCAGUCUGUGCAUCCGAGUCUCCAACUCUAAGCACUGUACCCAGGAUACUCUACGUAUCUCAGGCAGAGCCCACAAGUUCGCAGCCCCUGGAUCCUAAGCCAGGGCCCAGCCAAGAUCCAAGCAUCCUUGUGUCCUUGGGUUCAACCCCCAUGAUUGAACAAAGCACCAAGAAUGGUAUCUCUCUUCCAAUUGGUCUGAUUGUUGGAGUGACAGCUCUGGGUCUGCUGAUGUUAGGACUGGUGAACUGCUUCAUCCUGGUGCAGAGGAAAAAGAAGCCCUCCUGCCUACAAAGAGAAGCCAAGGUGCCUCAUCUUCCUGAUGAGAAAUCCCAGGAUGCAAUAGGCCUUGAGCAGCAGCUCCUGUUGACCACAGCUCCCAGUUCCAGCAGCAGCUCCCUGGAGAGCUCAGCCAGCGCUGGGGACAGGAGGGCGCCCCCUGGAGGCUGUCCCCAAGCAAGAGCCACGGCUGCGGCCCAAGGGUCUCAGGAGGCCUGUGCAGGCUCCAGGAGUUCAGAUUCUUCCCACGGCAGCCACGGGACCCACGUCAAUGUCACCUGCAUCGUGAACGUCUGUAGCAGCCCUGACCACAGCUCGCAGUGCUCUUCCCAAGCCAGCACCACAGUGGGGGACCCAGAUGCCAACCCCUCAGGGUCCCCAAAGGAUGAGCAGGUCCCCUUCUCCCAGGAGGAGUGUCCUUCUCCAUCCCAGUGGGAGACCACAGAGACACUGCAGAGCCAUGAGAAGCCCUUGCCCCUUGGUGUGACCGACAUGGGCAUGAAACCCAGCCAACCUGGCUGGUUUGAUCAGAUUGCAGUCAAAGUGGCCUGACCACUGACAGGGGUAACACCCUGCAAAGGGACCCCCUAGAUCCUUGAACCCAUGGACCUUCGUGACUUUUUGCUGGAACCAUUUUCCUUAGAGGCCUCCAGAGCCCCAGUUUCAGGUCAAGUGGAGGCUGAGGCAGCUAGAGUGGUCAAAACCUGCCAUGGGAUUUUAUGGGGCAGUCCCAGGAAGUCCUUGCCCCUCUGUGACCCUCUGGAUCUCCUGGGCCCUGGCCCAAUUCUUACUUCUGAGAGACCCCAGUAUCUUUUCCUUCUAAGGAGCCAACAUCCUCUUCCUCUUCCAUAUGCUUGGAGGAAGGAUAGCACAGCUCUUCACUGAAUGCUGAUACUGCAGGGCAGUCCCAGCAGGCCGGAGGAACUGGUGCCCUGGUAGGACACAGAGGCCCUUCAGGUUAGUGCUAGACUCUUAGGAAGUACCCUCUCCAAAUCCACUGAAAUCCUUUUGAUGCAAGAAUCCGAGGCCCCAUCAGGCGGGAUUGCUCUGUUAUAGGAUGCUGGAGUUGGAGCUCAGUGGUCCAGUGUGCUUUUAGCAUUCCCUGGGUUUGAUCCUCAGCAACACAUGCUAAAAGUAAGCAGCCGGCAGAAGGCAGACAACACAGCCUGCCCCCUGUGUGGUUUGCAUCCACCUCUGACUUAUACUCCAGGGGGCAGACAGAGGACUGGAGCUCCUCCUCCUGGCCUUCUAAUGAGCCCUUCCAAGGCCACACCUUCCUUCAGGGAAUCUCAGGGACUGUGGAGUUCCCAGGCCCCUGCAGCCACCUGUGUCUUCCUACCUCAGCCUGGAGCACUCCCUCUAACUCCCCAACUGCUUGGUACUGUACUCGCCAAGACCCCCCCCCCCAAGUGCAUGUCCAAGUUAUGCACUGUGAGUUGGAACAGCUGAUGGCAUCGGUUGAAGGGCCCACCCGGAAACAGCUGAAGCCAGCUAUUUUGCCAAAAGAUUCAUGCCCACUUUCUAGUCAACCUGUGCCCCUAGCAUGCCUGGAAGGAAAGGGUUCAGGAGACUCCUCAAGAGGCAAGUUCAGUGUCAGGUGCUUGGAUGCCAUACUCAGAUUCCACUGGAUAUGGACUUGGUAGAGGAGCCGGAUUGUCACCAUGGAGACUUAAAAGAGUUCAGCACUCUGCAAUCAAGAUAUUAGACACUUGGCACUGAGAGGCGAAGGAACACGUCUGCCCCCUCGUGGCCAGACCUGGGAUGACCUCAGGCCUCCUAGGCAACAAAAGGAUGAAUUGGAAAGGGCUUUCUGGGUGUGGUCUCAGCUCCUGUGCUUGCCUGGAUCUCUACAGAGUGUGCCAAGGAGCAAUUGCACUGUAUGCUGGACAGAAUUCCUGCUUAUAAAUGCUUUUUGUUGUUGUCGUUUUGUACACUGAUCCUUGGCUGUGUCUGGGGACUGGUUUGGGAUUUUUCUGGGGUCCAGAGGGCCCACCUCUAAUGGGUGAGGGAGAGAUGGUUAGUUGGAUCCAGAGGGUCCAAGCUCUGGAGCCCGCCCUUCCCCCAUCCCACCUUUACAGCCACUUUUGCAGAGACCCUGGCUGUCUCCCACUUGGAGCCUGUGGAUGCUGAGGAAACAUCCAGCCAAGUAGACUCCCGGUGUGCCCCUAUCUCCUGCUCUGAGUCUGCCUCCUCAUUGUCUUGUGGGAAGGAGGGUUCUGUCAUCUCAGAAGCCCACAUACCGUGGGUCUGAACAGAGGCUGUACCAGCUUAGACUGGCUCAGGGCUCUGUGAGCAGAGGAGGGAUCAGGGAACAGUUUGAGUGCUGACCUAUGACACAUUCCUAAAGGAUGAGCAGUCUAGAAUUUCCCUCCUUCAAUUUGUGUGUGUGUGUGUGUGUGUGUGUGUGUGUGUGUGUGUGGUGUAUGCAUGCUUGCUUGUAUCUGUGUGCCUCUGUGUGUGUGGUGUAUAUGUGUAUGUGUAUGCAUGUUUGCAUAUAUGUGUGUACCUGUGUAUGGAGGCCAGAGAUUGGCUGUGGGUGUUUCCGAUCCCUCUCCAUCUAAUGUACUUGGUAGGGCUCUCAUCUGGACCCAGAGCUUGCAAAUUCGCCAGUCUAGCUUGCUUCAGGGAUCCCGUCUGCCUCUGGCAUGCUCGGAUUACAGGCAGCCUGCCACACCUGCCUGGCAUUUACAUGAAUACUAGAGAUCUGAAUUCUGAUCCUCACACUUGUGUACCCAGCAUUUUAUCCACUAAGACAUCUCUCCAAGGGCUCCCCCUUCCGAUUUAAUAAGUUACUUUUGGACUGGCAAGAUGACUCGGUGGGUAAGGCAGCUUACGACAACCCUGAUGACCUGAGUUGGAUCCCUAGGACCGUAAGGUAGAAGAGAACUGACUCCUGCAAGUUGUCCUCUGACCAUGACCCAUACAUGCUUCUUUCUGCACAUGUGCACAUCACAGUCUUGCACGCACACGUACAAUGAAUGUAAUACAUUUUUUAAAUAAAUUGAUUUUAUUUUUUAUCAUUA